AUGCCGUUCAGCGACAGAAUAACUUCAAAGAAAGAGGUAACUGAAAUUCCUACAGCACGGCCACGAUCCAACUCGUGCUCUCCAGCCAUGGGGAAACCCACCAUGUUCAGAGUGAAAGAUAACACCAUCAGAACAUCCUCUGUUUCUAGAGCUGAUAAGCCACGAUUUCACAGAUCAUUCUCUGAAGAUUUCAGGAUUGGCUCCCCAAAAGAGAUCUGGAGAAGUUCAGAGAAGUGUGAGCUUGAGCAUGGUCACGAGCACGAUGCAAAAGAAUCUGCAAACCCUUCGGUCUUGCAUGAACCAGCAGUGGCUUCACAUCGACUUCCUAGAGCGAGAGAGGUCCAGUCCCAAAACAGUUUGUCCUCGGAGUUCACAGCUGCAAAAGAACCAAGAAGCUACCGAAGAUGGAGUCAAGUAUUUGACGAUGAUGAAACUCGGUCUGUUGUCAGCACAUUGUCAGAGGAUGUAGAGAGUUUUGCAGGUAGUUCUGUAGUUAUGAAAGAGAAUACAUCACAUGUUUUUGAGAGGAAAGGUAACAGAGAUACCUAUGUGAGGCCAGAAUCAGCUUGCUAUACAAGGCCAGAGUCAGCUUGUUAUGAAAGGCCAGAAUCAGUUUGCUAUGAAAGGCCGGAAUCAGCCUGUAGUGACGUGAGAUCACUGGGCAAACCACCUGCUGUUCCUCCAAAAAGUGAGAAGGCUCUUCGACGUGCUAAGAAGCUUACUACUCGGAGAAUCCAAAAGGCAGAGGCCAAGUUGACCUCUGAUAGCCAAGGACAGCUUGAGACCAAGUCCCUCCGAGCUGUCUCCAGUUUGCCCUCUUCACCUAUGGAGCUGUUGUCGACACAUCAUGCAGUACAUCCCUCACCUCCCAUAUCCCACUACCAUGUUGAACCAAGUUAUGCACCUCCUGCUCCUAGCCUCAUGGCCCAUCCUUUCCCAAUGACCCAGAGAAAACUUUUACAAGAUCCAAACUCAGGGCAGUACUUCAUGGUGGACAUGCCAGUGCAGGUCAAGACAAAGACUUUUUUUGACCCUGAAACAGGUAAAUAUGUCCAGCUCAAUGUGCGCCAGAGGACCCAGGGCACCAUUUCACAGCCACAGCCUGUGUUGAAUCACUCAUAUGUAGUGUACCCUGGUUUUCUGCCCAUGUCAGUCUCAUCCUUACCCUCCAUGAGGUCGUCAUCCCAAAUGUCAGCACCAGCCACUGUUGUGGAGGAACAGAAUAAGCUAGAAGCAAGCAGGGAUCCCUGGAGAUCGGAGACUUAUCAGCCAAAUUACCACAAAAACGCCCAAGAGUACAACGAAGCUGUGCCUGGGACACAUGAAAACUCUGGCAGGGAAUCUGUAUACACUGACAAUAAUGUCAACGUUGCUUCAAGACAUACAGAUAUCAUAACAAUGAGUGAAUUAGAGGACUUUGCUAUGGAGAGCACAUGACUGAUGUUGACCGGCUAGUCUUUUCUAAAGUAAACACUGUAUUUUUAUCUUUACAGAAAUCUGAAAAUAUGAAUGUAUAUCUGACAUAUUUGAAUAAGAACCUAUUUAAGGGUUCAUUAAGUACAUUUUUGCUGUUUGAUGUAGAUUUUUAAGGCUUGCUUUUAAACUGCAACGAUUUUUUUUCAUUUGCAAUCUAUAGCUAUAGGAAAAGCAGGGCUAUUUAUUGUAAGACAGUGUUAAGGACAUAUCUGUGAAGCAUUCCAUUUUAAAUGUGUUUUGAAAAAUAGUUUAGCAGUGUACGUAUAUUUUAUCUCACAGUGGGCAAGUUUCAACAACUAGCCUCAAUUGCACUGCCUGGACUCAUAGCACCACCAAAGGAGGGUAAGACUUCCAUUAUGGAGGAAAUGGGAUGAUAAUCUCCCAGGAAUUUACCUUUAGCAUUAAAUAUCAUAAACACUUAAAUGUUUUGUAAAUGUAAGUAAAAACGGCUUUUGUUUCCACUGUACAGUUCAUGGUGACUGGAACUGAAACUGCUUAACAAUCGUCAUCUUGAUGGCCAGAUUUUUAAACCCCCUAACAAAUGAAUGUGCACAAACUGCAUUAAAAAAAAGAAGAUUUGGUCAAAAUGAUUACAGUGAGACUCUCCCCACCCACGCAGUUAAUUGACUGUUAGAUAGAAUGAAAUAACUCUUCUUGUGUUUUAGCAGAGUUAUAUAUUUACAUGUGAGUGAAAAUCAGAAGACGUAUCCUGUAUGACCAUGUUCAUACCUUUUAAAGCAAUUAAUAUUUGUAAAUUAUGGCUUUUGUGGAUUUUUUUCAAGUCUUUCAGAAGGAAAUGCAGUACCAGGUUAUUAAAGACAGAAAUGAAUGUCAA